GUUCAACCAUCACAAUCAAUUUGGUACUCAAGUUCAGUUUGGACAAACGCAUCAUGGAAACCAAAGACCUUGGGAAUUGGAGAUCAACCCCAACACGCUGCAUAUCUUCUGCAAAAUUGGACAAACGCGUUGCAUUUGUAGCUUCCAAGUGGACGAUCUUUGUAUGCAACGGAGACCAUUCGGUCAUCCCAUGCCCGUGUUGAAUGGCACGGCAGAAACAUUACAGAUCGGGGUCAUGACCUGCCCGCCAAGUGUCCGGCCGUUCCUCAUGCCCUUCCUGACACCACAUAAAGUCGCCGUGCUUAUUGUGUUCCAGCUGUACAAUGACCUUCCGGACGACUAUGCGUGUCACUGGAAACAGUCCCUGAGUCAGCUUUUGCUAGAGGAAAUUGAGGGAAGAGCCGACUUGCAGGAUCCGCCCUUCGGGGUGUUUAUGCGAAAAUUGGCAGUCCAGUAUCCCUAUAGCGGUGAUCGCGCUUGGUCAGAAGCUGUAAUCGAAAGGCUUGAUGUUGCUCUCGUCUCGGUGGAUACAAUGUUCGACCUAUUCGUGCCAUUUGAGGAGGACCUGACAGAAGAGGACAUCAGCCCGCGGUAUAACAUGACAUCUCCGGUUGGUGUCUUUAUCCGGGAGACUAUACUGGACGUGAACGCUCUGAAGAAUGACUUUGAUAAAGCCUGCAAGUUUUAUGACGCAUUGAUCAGAUAUCGGAAUGGCUCGGACUUCCGGCAGAUGAAGGAUUUCGGACAAGGCGGCGCAUUAGAUAUUCUCGCAAUCCACGAUGUACAUUUGUUCAUGGACAAGCAAGUGGAUGUAUUAGAAGAUUGGAUAGGCAACGAUACGCCGAAGGAGCUCCAGAAAAAAGUAUCCCUAAUAUGUCGUGAUCUACAACGGGAGCCGAAAGCGGACUGGAUGAGUUACCUUAAUUGCAUGAGAGCGGGGGAACUGCAAGGGGCCCUGGAAAAUCUCUCUCGCUACUUCAUGUACUCCGCCAAAGAACAGCUAGUAGGCAGUUACGGAGCAAAAUUUAGCAAGUGGGUUCACCACUAUGCGCGGCUUAACACUGCCCUGGUGUAUACCCGAUUCAAACUUCACCGGCGAGCACUUGCGAUUAUUGAUCAGGCCAUCCCGUUGGCGCAGGAUAUGCAGGACCAACCGUGCUUGAUCUUGUUACAAACCCUUCAGCAUCGCUUGCAAGGACCAUCCAAACAGACGAGUUGGAGCGACCAGCAACACACUCGACAAAUCGUCCCACAUAACAAGGAAGAGCGAGAAGCUUCUGACAGAGUUUUAUGGCAAAGCGUGAAUCAACUGACCAGAAUUCGAUCCAUAGUUGAGGCAGAUCCUGUUAUGGCUUUUGGUGAGCUGCUGCAUACCACAGAUGUGACCCUUGACAAGGCAGUGGGACAUUUCUUUGAAUCUACUCAUCUAUUACGAGGAGAAAUUUGGAGCCGCGCCGCAGGUAACUGGUUGCUGGCUACUUUGUAUGCCCAGUUGCAGAGUACAAACAUCUCAUACAGCGCUGGGGACGAUAAACCCCUAGGAUUUUGUAUGCUCGCCCUCUAUAAUGCAGCUGAGGGCAACUUUCACGAGGCAUUAACUGCCCUGCAAGCGGCUAAGACCUUUUGCGAAUCAUGUGCUGCCCCUACUGCUGAAAGCCGAUGGUAUAGUGCGCUUCUGGAUAUCGUAUUCCAGCGAUCUUUGCUCAGAGGCCGAAUUCAAGAUGCCAAGCUCACUGUAUCACAUUUGGACUCUCUGGCGGAAGAUGACGUCCAGAUGGCGUGUGCUGCAUCAUUCCAACGGAUUGCUUUGGCUCAAGAAUCUGAGCGACCCGCGGAGGCAUUGGCCCUUCUCUAUGAGCAAUUGAUGUUUGCUCUGAAUCUUGGCGCAAAUGCUCACUAUCAAUUUGUUCAUGCUCAGCUCGGACUUGCUGAGAUUUACUUAGCCGCGAACAACAGUGUUGAAUCCCUUACACAUGUGCUUACCAGUAUUAGCCUAUCAGACCGCGGCCAUCUGACGUUCCAGCGCGAUCGAUCGGUGGUCCUACUGUCAAAGCUAUUGAACCAAUUAGGGUACAUACAUCAAGCCAAGGACACGAUACAGUCAAUUCUACCGUGUGUUUCUAGGCAUCAUGCCUUGAUGCGUGCUGAGGUCGAGCUCACCUAUGUUGAGUUGACCCUGGCCCAAUUGACUUGGGAGAAUGAAAAAAUUGAACACCUUGAAUUUCUUUUGCAUGCAUUGCAGAGAGCGCGUGAAGCAUUCUGCAAAAUAGGAGAUGUUAAGAGCGUUGUUCGGACACUGGUUUUGCGCGCAUUCAUCUUGCAAAUCUUGGGAAGCUUUGACGAAGCCGAGAGGAUCGCAGAAGACUGUUACAAAUUAGAGCGCUUGUAUCUGGAAGGACGGUGGAAACAGAGAGUUUUGGGUUUAAGAGGCAACCCUCUGGGCGCCUUUAGCGAAUUCAACCCUUUAUUCGACGACGAGGAUCGAUGAAGAUUUCGAUGAACAUAUAAAUACGGCACAUGCAAUAAGCACGACACCGUCCCUUCUGUUGAGCUAUGCUUUCUAACAUGAAGCCAUUUCAGGGGCCUAUAACGGUACCGUGCUCUCUGAGAGCCCACCUUGCUUGAAGGUCUCAGAUAUCCGUGAUGUAUAUAAAUAAGGGUUGGCAUGGACAGGUGUACGUUAGAUCUUACUCAAGUGGCUAUAAUAUGACGCAUUCAUUUGUUGGCGUUGGACAUAGUGCAA